AUGGUAGAUGCGGUGUACGCGGCAGCGAUCACUGUCUGCGAAGAAACAGGCCAAUGUUUAGAGAAUAACCAGCCCACUGAGCGAAGAAAUAUAACACCACCAUGGAAGGAGCGCCUAGAGAAGAAAAUAACUGGAAUAAGAAAGAAAAUCGGGGUUAUUGAUACUUACCUAAACAUGCCAGACCCAACAAGAAAACUCAUAAAGAAGACCCUGAGAAUUGCGGCAGAAUUCCAUGUGAAAGGACGCAGUAGACAAUUUAGAGAAGAACUGGUCAUUACCUGCGAUCGAUUGAAGCAAAAGAUCAAGGCUCUGGGAAAUCGACUGAAACGAUACAAUGAACGGGUUAAGAGAUAUAAAAACAACCAGCUCUACUACAAAAACCCACAACAAUUUUUUCGAUGGCUUGAAGAGGAAACUAGGCCUAGAAGCGCUGAAUCGCCGUCUCUUGAAGAAAUGUAUAGAGAAUGGUACAAAAUCUGGGGAGAGGAAAAACUGCAUGACGACGGGGUCUUUUGGAUCAGAGAGGCGGAAAAGAAGACAGAAUUGUUUGAUAUGGAGGAUAUCAAAAUAAGAGAAGAGGACAUACAAAAGGUGCUAAAGAAGACGAACAACUGGUCAGCUCCAGGUCCGGACGGAUUGCAUACAUAUUGGUGGAAGAACUUCAAACCAACGCACAAAGAUCUAGCUAGAAUGUUUCAGGAAGCUCUGAGUGAUCCCUCACUGAUACCGGAAUCUUUCACCCUAGGAGUAACUCAUAUGAUACCUAAGGGAAAAAACACCACCGAUCCGAAAAACUAUCGACCUAUCACAUGCCUGCCCUCAAUAUACAAGAUACUGACAGGUAUACUAACUACCAACAUUUGGAAACAUGUGAACAAAUAUGGUAUAAUGACUGGCGAACAGAAAGGGUGUAGGAAGGAUGUUCGAGGAUGCAAGGAGGCUCUCACCAUUGAUCAUCUGGUAACUAAGCAAGCGCGAAAAAAGUUGAGGAACAUGUAA